GAGCUACUGCGCAUGUCACACGACAGGUGCACACGCAUCCUCCAUCUUGGGCAUCCUGAGGUUAGAGCGAAAGGACAGCUAUACGUGUGGAUACCUUCAUAUGUGUAAUAGUAUUUAAAUAUAGACCACGUCGGAGAAAUGUCAGCGAACGCGGGAAGAUUAUGACUCGUUGAAUCGAACGAUAGCGUAGGGAGAGAAUAAUGAAAAGGAAAGAAAGCGGUACGUUAUGAAGGCAUUUUACUGUUUGCACAAUCAGCUGUAUUGAGUAUUUACGGUCAAUUCUCCUGGGCAAGGUGGUCGUUUCGCGCUCUCUUUUUUGUAGGAGAACUGCAAUUGAAUGGCUUUGGGAAUGCUGUGUUCAAAGAUGUGUGUGGUGAAGCUGGCCCUUCUGCUCCUCGUCCUCUCCCUGUGGGUAACAGAAGGGGCCUGCAAAGAAAAAUCUGCCAAGAAAGGGAAGAAGAAGGGGAAGCAGGUCUACUGCCCUUCGCAGCUGUCGUCCGAGGACCUUGCCCGGGUCCCUGCAAACUCAACAAGCAACAUCUUGAACAGGUUACUGAUCAGCUAUGACCCAAGAAUUCGGCCGAACUUCAAAGGUAUUCCAGUGGAGGACAAAGUGAAUAUCUUCAUAAACAGCUUUGGCUCCAUCCAGGAAACUACCAUGGACUACAGAGUGAACAUCUUCCUGAGGCAGCGCUGGAACGACCCCCGGCUCCGGCUGCCGACCGACUUCAAGUCCGACGCCCUCACCGUCGACCCCAAAAUGUUCAAAUGCCUCUGGAAGCCCGACCUGUUCUUCGCCAAUGAGAAGAGCGCCAACUUCCACGACGUGACGCAGGAGAACAUCCUGCUCUUCAUCUUCCGCAACGGCGACGUGCUCAUCAGCAUGAGGUUAUCGGUCACUCUGUCCUGCCCCCUGGACCUCACCUUGUUUCCCAUGGAUACCCAGCGCUGCAAGAUGCAGCUAGAGAGCUUUGGCUACACCACUGAUGACCUGCAGUUCAUGUGGCAGUCAGGAGACCCUGUGCAGAUGGAUGAGAUCGCACUGCCCCAGUUUGACAUCAAACAGGAGGAUAUCGAAUACGGAAACUGCACCAAAUACUACAAAGGGACCGGUUACUACACCUGCGUGGAGGUGAUCUUCACCCUGCGGCGGCAGGUGGGCUUUUACAUGAUGGGCGUGUACGCGCCCACUCUCCUGAUCGUGGUGCUCUCCUGGCUCUCCUUUUGGAUCAACCCGGACGCCAGCGCAGCCAGGGUCCCACUGGGCAUCCUGUCCGUGCUGUCCCUGUCAUCCGAGUGCACGUCUCUGGCCUCCGAGCUGCCCAAAGUGUCCUACGUCAAAGCCAUCGACAUCUGGCUCAUCGCCUGCCUGCUGUUCGGCUUCGCCUCGCUGGUCGAAUACGCCGUGGUGCAGGUGAUGCUCAACAGCCCAAAGAGGAUUGAGGCGGAAAAGGCCAGGAUGGCCAGCAGGGAGAAGGCGGAGGGCAAGACCCCGGCCAAAAACAACACGGUCAACGGGACGGGAGGAACGCCCAUUCAUGUCAGCACCCUUCAGGUGGCUGAAACCAGGUGCAAAAAGGUGUGCACCUCCAAGUCGGACCUGCGGUCCAACGACUUCAGCAUCGUCGGGUCGCUGCCCCGGGACUUCGAGCUGUCGAACUUCGACUGCUACGGGAAGCCCAUCGAGGUCGGCAACGCCCUGGGCAAGUCCCAGGCCAAGAACAACAAGAAGCCGCCGCCGCCAAAACCCGUCAUCCCCUCCGCCGCCAAGCGCAUCGACCUGUACGCCCGGGCCCUCUUCCCCUUCUCCUUCCUCUUCUUCAAUGUCAUAUACUGGUCCGUGUACUUGUGAUGGCCUUGCGUUUUCGUCCCUUUCCAUCCCCCGACCCCCUUCACCGAACC